GGGCUCCAAGCCCUGCCACGUCCGGAGAGUCCGGUUUCGGGCGGGGCCGGCUAGGUGCUGCGGGGCUCGGGGCUGUUUACAGCGGUUCUACAAACUGCAGUGCAGACAUGGCGACCCAGAAGGACCAGCAGAAGGAUGCGGAGGUGGAAGGGCUGAGCGCUACGACCCUGCUGCCCAAACUGAUUCCCUCUGGCGCAGGCCGAGAGUGGCUGGAGCGGCGCCGCGCGACCAUCCGGCCUUGGGGCACCUUCGUGGACCAGCAGCGUUUCUCGCGACCCCGCAACCUGGGCGAGCUUUGCCAGCGCCUGGCACGCAAUGUGGAGUAUUACCAAAGCAACUACGUGUUCGUGUUUCUGGGCCUCAUCCUUUACUGCGUGGUGACAUCCCCCAUGCUGCUGGUGGCUCUGGCUGUCUUCUUUGGAGCUUGUUACAUUCUCUAUCUGCGCACGCUGCAGUCUAAGCUUGUGCUUUUUGGCCGAGAGGUGAGCCCCGCGCAUCAGUACGCCCUGGCUGGCGGAGUCUCUUUCCCCUUCUUCUGGCUGGCAGGUGCUGGCUCCGCUGUCUUCUGGGUCCUGGGAGCCACCCUCGUGGUCAUCGGCUCCCAUGCCGCCUUCCACCAGAUAGAGCCGACAGAUGGAGAGGAGCUACAGAUGGAGCCUGUGUGAGCUGUCAGGACCUGCCUGCCUCACCCGGCUGCCCCUCUGUCUGCUGUUUUCCUGCCUGACCUUGCCCUCAGUCUGCCUCGCCCAGGGAGAGGCUUUGUAUUCCGAAAUAAAGCUGUUACAGCUGCUA